GUGGCCAGGGCGUGGCGGGAAGCGGGAGGCGCCGGCGGUCGCUCCUCCCCCUCCCAUGGGGCAGCCGCCCCUCCCCCGCCCGCGAUGGCUGCGGGGCUGCCCUGGGGGGCGCAGGUGGGGCGGGGGGCGCGGCGGGCGCUGCUGCGGGGGGCGCUGGGGCUGAGCCUGGCGCUGCUGCUGCUUCUGGGCCGCGAUUUUUCCUCUACGGCUCCUUCUACUGGGCCUACCUGCCCUCGGCCGCCGUGCUGCCGCCCGCUGCACCUGAGCUUCAGGUCGGACUGUGACAGCCCCGGGCCCGAGCUCUGCUCCUUCCCCUCGGCCAACGUGUCCCUGCUGGGGGAGCACCGCGAGAAGGUGCUGCUCUACGGGCAGCUGUACCGGAUCUCUCUGGAGCUGGAGCUGCCGGAGUCUCCGGUGAACCGCGAGCUCGGGAUGUUCAUGGUGUCCCUCACCUGCUACGGCAGCGGCGGCCGGGAGCUGGCGCGGGCCGAGAGAGCCGCCAUGCUCCAUUACCGCUCGCGCCUGCUGCGGGCCCUGCACACCGCGGCCUUCGCCGGCCUCUUCCUCAGCGGCUUCGCCGAGCAGAGCCAGACCCUGGAGCUGGAGCUGAUGGGGCGCUACCGCGAGGACCCCUACACGCCCACCGUGGGGGCGCUGGUGGAGAUCCGCAGCCGCCGCGUGCAGCUCUACGGGGCGCGGCUGCGCGUGCACGCGCACUUCAGCGGCCUCAGGUACCUCCUGUACCACUUCCCGCUGACCUCGGCCGUGCUGGGCGUGGCCGGGAAUUGGGCUCUGCUGGCGCUGCUGACGCUGGGGGGGUACCUGCAGUGGGGGAGGGGCCCGCGCUGGCCCCGCCCUGCACAGGAGCAGCGCAGCGAGGGAGGAGCCCCCGGGGAGGGGGAGGGGACAGAUCUUUCAGCCGCCCCCAAAAAUCCGGAGGAGCCCGAAACCGUGGGAACCUCGGAGCCCGGCCAAGAGCCCCCCCUGCUCAACGCCGCCAACGCCCCCCCCAAGGAGGGGGAGGGGCCGGAGGAAGAGGGGGAGGGGCAGGAGGAAGAGGGGGAGGGGCAGGAGGAGGAGGGGGUCACCCCCACGCCCCUCCCCCCCCUCGCGGACGGCCCCUCCCCCCGCCAGCGCCACCUCUGCUCCAGCUCCUGAUCCCCCCCCCCAAAU